UGAUUCGUACACACUUCUAAGAAAGCUUUGCUGAUGCUUGGAAUGAAAAGCCUUCAUGUGCGGAUUAGUACUACAACAACGCUCUCUUCAGUUCUCGCAAACCAAGCAGAAAACAUAAUUAGUGAGCUUUCCAUUCCAUUGUUUUUCCAGCCCUUCAUUCCCACACUCACCCUGUCAUCACCUAAACCCUACAGACCCUUUCCCCCCUCACACACACUGUUUUAUGAUCUCGUUCUUUCACAAACUAGAACACAGUAAGUCUAGACUUUAAAGGAAAUUGAUAGAAACAGAUGUGUGAUCUAAAAUCUGAGCGGUGUGUAAAUGGCUCUGUGUGACAAAGAGAUGGAAUCCGUCUUCCUGAAUUCAUCUGGGAAUGUUCCUUAUGCUGAAAAGAGUGCCUUCACACAAACAGAGCACAACAUUGUUGCUGCGUAUCUCAUCACUGCAGGAGUAGUCAGUCUGUCUAGUAACAUAGUGGUGCUGCUGAUGUUCGUGAAGUUCAGAGAGUUGCGUAAUGCCACAAAUGCUAUUAUCAUUAACCUGGCCUUCACUGACAUCGGAGUCGCCGGGAUUGGUUAUCCCAUGUCAGCAGCCUCGGACCUGCAUGGGAGCUGGAAAUUCGGCUACAUGGGUUGCCAGAUCUAUGCAGCCCUGAAUAUAUUUUUUGGAAUGGCCAGUAUCGGACUGCUCACAGUGGUUGCCAUUGACAGAUACCUUACCAUAUGUCGACCUGACAUAGGACAGAAAUUGACAACUAUGUCAUACACGCUUCUUAUUGUGGCUGCUUGGCUGAAUGCCGUGUUUUGGUCAUCCAUGCCCAUUAUAGGUUGGGCAGGUUAUGCUCCUGACCCAACAGGGGCCACCUGCACCAUCAACUGGAGAAACAAUGACACAUCUUUCGUGUCGUACACAAUGGCUGUGAUCACGGUCAACUUCAUCAUUCCUCUCUUAGUUAUGUUCUACUGUUAUUACAAUGUCUCUGCUACUGUGAAGAGGUACAAAGCCAGUAACUGCCUAGAAAGCAUUAACAUCGAUUGGUCAGACCAAAUGGAUGUCACCAAGAUGUCUAUUAUUAUGAUAGUGAUGUUCCUGUUUGCCUGGACACCAUAUUCGGUUGUGUGUUUGUGGGCAUCAUUCGGUGACCCAAAAAUGAUCCCAGCUCCUAUGGCCAUAAUCGCCCCACUUUUCGCUAAGUCCUCCACCUUCUACAAUCCUUGCAUCUAUGUCAUAGCCAACAAGAAGUUCAGAAGAGCCAUCACUGGAAUGCUACGAUGCCAAACUCGACAAAGAGUUACGAUUAGCAACCAGGUUCCAAUGACAGCCUCUUCUUUACCCCUAAACCCCUAAAUCAUAAGUGAAUACAACAUGACCUGCACCUAGCGCUGGACGCUAUCUCUAUGUAUCACAUCACUAGUGUACCUGAAUAAAACGUUUCAUCAAGA